AUGGCAGUGAUGAAGAGAGAGGCUCGCUCGCUGGAGGAGAACAACAGCGACAACGGCAGCUGUGACUCAGAUGGAGACGGACGUGAAGGGAAGGAGCAGCGGAGCGAUCGGGGCGAUACGCGGCACGGCCGCGACCUCUCGGAUGCCUCGAUGGCGGCACAGGGCGGCGAUGCAAGCGACGUCGGUUCAGGUUCACGGCGCGCUGAGGCCGCGGGCAAGAGCUCCCAGGAGAGUUUGUCAAAACCCUCAGCCGCUCCUCUGCUCACCUCCUUGUCCCCAUCGCCGCAGACCUCGGUGUGUCCGCGCCCCUCUUCCCGGCCCAGCUCUCCUCGCCUGCCAUCCGUGGCUCUGCAUCACUCGGCGCCGGACGCCAUGGAGGCAGCAAGGAACCCCGCAGUGAUAGCUGUGGCCACCGCAAGCGGCACGACCCGCUUGCCGGCAGCCUCGCAGUUUCUGCUGUUGCCCUCGAUACCCGGGCCGUCAACCUCACCGUCAACCUCACCGGCACACUCUUCAACGCCCCCCCUGAGACACGGCACCACGUCGGCGCCUCUGCCAAACAUGGGCCUUCCCCGGCACGUGGGUUACGCGAGGAGUGACCGUAUCGCGACAUCCUCACCAGGGUUUCCCUCCGCGCUGUCCCCGUUGAGCCACGCGAGGCCGGCGCGGCCCGGGAAAGGGCCGGGCGAGGAGAUGGCGGAAGACGGCGAGCCUGGCACUAUGAGCGCCGCGGAGGAGGAGGAAGACAUGAGGGCGUGGAGCGUGGACAACGUCUGCACCUUUGUUGCUGCGAUGCCUGGGUGUGCGGAGUCUGCGCAGGCGUUCCGCCACCACGCCAUUGACGGAGAGACGCUGCCCCUUCUCACAGAGACACAUCUCCUGUCCACCCUGGGCCUCCGUCUGGGUCCCGCGCUCAAGAUUCUCACCCAGGCAGGGUCCCGCGUCGCACGUAGUGAAGUAGGAAAACGUGCGCACUUCAUGGAAACCAACAUUUCUACCCUGUGAACAGACGUGUCCGCUGCGUGUGCGAGAGGUGUUUGAUGAUGCAUGCGUGUGUUUGC